GUUGACGCAAGCAGCUGUUAAGCAACUGUUUUGACCCUGAGGCGUGACAUAUUGCAUAAUCUUAACACUGAAGGUUAUCAUCUGCAUCUGAGCCAGCCACCGACUCUACCAGAACAAACAUGGCAAAUAAAGUUCUCACCAUGGAUGCAGUGAAUCCUAAUAUAAGAGACAUGGAAUAUGCAGUCAGAGGCCCCAUAGUAGCUAGGGCCACAGAAUUAGAAAAGGACCUAGUCAAAGGUGCUAAUAAACCCUUCACAUCUGUGAUGAAAGCCAACAUUGGAGACUGUCAUGCAACAGGCCAAACACCCAUCACCUUUAUCCGUCAGGUUUUGUCACUGUGUGCCUAUCCGGAUAUGAUGGACACUUGCGGAUUCCCAGAAGAUGUUAAAGAAAGAGCCAAGCGAUUACUAGGAGGGUGUAAAGGGGGAAGCAUUGGGUCCUACUCAGCGAGUCCUGGAAUAGAUGUUAUAAGGGAGGAUAUUGCUAAGUACAUAUCUGAUAGGGAUGGAAUUCCUAGCAAACCAGAAGAUAUCAUGUUGUGUACAGGAGCAAGUGAUGGGAUAAAGACAAUUCUAGCAAUGUUGAUGACUGGGAAAUUAGGGAAGGAUCGAGCUGGUAUCUUGAUUCCUGUCCCCCAGUACCCUCUGUACUCAGCAACCCUCACCGAGUUUAAUGCGCAUCCAAUCCCUUAUUAUUUAGAUGAAGAGAAUCACUGGGGUCUUGACGUAAAGGAGUUAAAAAGAGCCAUAAAUGAAGCUAAAUCGAACUGUGUCCCCCGAGCUAUUUGUGUCAUUAAUCCUGGAAAUCCAACUGGACAAGUUCUAACCAGACAAAACAUUGAAGAUGUUAUCAAGUUUGCUAAGCAGGAGAAACUUAUGAUACUAGCUGAUGAGGUUUACCAACAUAAUAUUUGGGGAGAAGGCUGUCAGUUUUUUUCCUUUAAGAAAGUGCUAUCGGAAAUGGGCCCUGAAUACAAUACAAUGGAGCUGGCUUCCUUCAUGUCUGCAUCUAAAGGGUUCAUGGGAGAGUGUGGGGCUAGGGGAGGGUAUGCUGAGGUGGUCAAUUUACUCCCUGAUGUCAAGGCUUGCCUCAUGAAAUCCAUAUCAGCCAAACUUUGUCCACCAAUUAUUGGACAAAUUGUGAUGGAUUGCAUUACAAAUCCUCCAAAAUCAGGAGAUCCCUCCUAUGAAAAAUUCAAACAAGAAAAAGACAUUGUCCUAGCUCUCUUAAAGAAAAAAGCAAGUAUGGUCACAAGCCUAUUUAACUCGAUAGAGGGCAUUAAAUGCAAUGAAGUCCAGGGUGCAAUGUACGCAUUUCCCAGAAUCUUCCUACCUCCAGCUGCAAUAGAAGAAGCCAAGAAAAGAAACCAGACCCCUGAUGCUUUCUACUGCUUCCAGCUGUUGGAAACCACUGGAAUCUGUGUGGUGCCAGGGAGCGGGUUCGGAGAGAAAGAGGGAACUUACCAUUUUAGGAUAACUAUCCUUCCUAAAAUAGAGGAGAUGACAUCAGCUCUGGAGCAGUUCCAGGAAUUUCACCUGGCUUUCUUAGCACGAUUCAAAAACUAAUUAAUUCAGUUAAGAACUACAAGCUCUAGAAUAAGAAGAAAAUGUUGAAUGCGGCUGCAUUUAAAUUAUGAAUAUUUAAAUAAUACGUGCAUAUAAUGAUGCUCCUCAUUGCACCAAAUUUAACUAAAUUAGUUUUAUCCCUAAAUUUUACCUUAUUUUCCAGAAAUUAAUACAUUUUAUUAUUAUUAUUUUAAUAAGAACUGUGAGUUUUUUAAUUUACUUUUUUAAAUUUUCUUCAUGAAAGAUGUUUUUGAAGCUGUUGUUCGUGUCUCACGUCUAUAAACUGAAAGUACCGGUAGAAUGGAAAUCAAUGAUAUUUUUUGGGUAAUAGAUGUGCAUGUAUGUUUAUAUAUUCUGCAGAAAUACAUUUUAUUACCAUUGGUCAUAAGUACGUUCGUACAGAAGCAAACAUCUAGUGUUAUUUUUUGUUUUACUUUCUUUAUACAAGGUAGUAUGUACCUUACCCUUGGAAUUUUUUCUUUUUAUCUGAAUAUGUACAUGUAUGUAUGUCAGUAUGUGGAGAUUGAUGCUCCACUCACUAGAAGUGGUUUGGUGCUGUUUAUUGUUUAUAACAAUGUUAGAGCUGUGCUGAGGUUCCAGCUGUGCUGAGGUUGUUUCUUAAGGUUCAUCAUUCUCCUGGUCACCCACAGAUAAUUUCCCUUAAUGCUGACAAUUAUUCAAUAAAAAUCUAUUUUAUAAUCAAAUUGCACAAAAUUUCAAAUUACCAUGCUGGGCAAAAUUUGACAGAAAUGGCCUUUUAAAUUGACUAUUUUAUAAAGUGAUAAUAUUUAUGAAUCCCAGUUAGAGUUAUAUCUCUUAUCAGAGGGUCAGUGAACCUUAACAGGAGAUAUAAAGGUAUUGUUACUGUAGCUUUAUAGAGUGAUCAUUGUUUUGUUUCCUUUUUGUUAUUUUAUUACUGUACUGUAACAGUAUCAUGUAAUUUUUUUAAAAUGAAUUAUUCUGUAAACUGAUAUGAAGUAAAGUCUCGAUGGACUAAAUAUGUAUAUUUAAUAUAUCAUCAGUGAAAGACACUGGCUUCUUGUUGUAUGAAAGUCAAUGAUAUUGGGAAAAAGGGAAUAAGGACUAGUACUCUGGGAUAUAAAGAGUUUUUCCUUGGUUUUAUUCAUAGAUUUAAAAAAAAAAAUUAAAAAUGUUAAUUAUACAUUUAUUGACUGGGUUCAAGAGAGUUAGAACCCUCAGAUGUUUGAUUAACUCAUUUUGAUUAGUAUCUUAGCUGUAUGAAAACUAAAUAAUCAAUUACCAAGCACAGUCCAGUAUUAUUUCACUGGUUUACUUGAUGUGAUUUAGAUAUUUUACAAUUUAUGUGUAUACAUGCAGGUUGGUAACAUUUCUCCCAUCUGUUUCACAAUGUUACAGUGGUUUUCAACACCUCAGACUACAGUGAAUGAAUUCUUUUUGUAUAUUAAACAACAUAUUCUAACAUUGUACAAGAAUGAAUACUGGUACUCUAAGUCAUUGAGAUAUGUUUCACUGUUUUAUUGAUGUCAAUGGAAUUUGUGCCAUAUUGUUUAAUUAUGUGUUUUUUUUUCAUUUGUCAUAGAGUAUAUUAUGUUGAAGUUUGAUCACGCUCACUAGAUUUUUAAGACAGUAUUUCUUUUGUCUAAUUCAAUGUAUUUUGCUCACAAAUUUAUAUGUGACUACUUUAAGAUUUGGAAAAAAAGAGUAAAAUAUUACCAACAACUUAAAUAUACAUGUUUUUACCAGUACAUGUAUAGUUUUCAUUUAUAAUAUUAGAUAGCUCGAAUUUUAUGUUCAAUCGUGAAAUCAAAAUUGAUACAAUUUUAAACAAUUAGUUUGUGAAAAUGCGAAAUUUGUAUACCCAGAGCUCCAGAUGGGGCUAAGUUGAUCAUAUAUUUUUGUUACAUUUUAUCAUAAGUUUAAAUUCUCUUUCCUGAGCAUCUAAGAUACAGUUUUAUUCAAUGUGAUGCAUAUAAUGAACACAAGUCCCCAGUAAGAUAUAAAAUUUUUAUUACACGAGUCCAGAGUUCCAGUCCUUUGUGAGACUGAGAUGAUCAUUGCCUUAGAAAACUCGCAAUAAACUGUACUUGGGUGACCGUCAAGGAGCAUGGACCUUUUUUAGUUAUAUGGCACAUGUUUUUCAAUGAAUAUUUUUAUUUUGUUCUUUUAAACACAAAAUUGAACUGUGUGUAAAUAUUCUUUUUGAAUGAGUAACACAUCAUUAGAACUUAUCUUUAUUUUUUAACACUGCAUGUUUAUUUUUUAUUUCAUAUCCAGUAGAGAUAUGAGUUCAAUGCCCUUAGCUUAAUUGUUCUAAAUUUUAUUGUGAUGAGUUUUCCUAUUUUAUAAAACCUGUAUAUUUUUACAUGGGACUUAUAAUAAAUAUUACAAAGGUAUAUUUUGUACCGGGUACAUAUUGUUCAAUGUCACCAGAAUGAUUUGUGUUCCACAACAGUUGUGUAUUUAGAACAUGUUAUAGAGAGGAUUAUUUUCUAUUUGCAUAUGUAUGUAUGUAUACAAAAAUAAAAUCAACAGGUUUAAACUAUA